AUGGCUUCCAUACGGGAGCCGGUGCUGCGGCAUCUCCUGACAUGCCAAACACGGGCGCUGCGCGCCUCGAACCAGCGGCGCUGGGCGCAGGUGCACGACGUGCGCUUCCUCGCGACGACGCAACAGCCGCGCAACAUUCUCGAAAAGUACCGCGAAAAGCUCGACCGCAAGGCCCGCGAAGAGGGACACGCAGACAUUGACUCGCUGAGGGCCGCGUACGCCGACAAGAUCCAGUCAUUGCGCAAACAAGAAGCUGCCGUCGGCGUCCCUCCUCCGCCUUCUCCUCCUUCCUCCUCCCAUACAUCAUCCCCAAGCAGCAACAGCAAACAAGCCUCCACCACCACCUCCUCCUCCUCCUCGCCCGCGGCGACAAACCAAACCAAGCCGACACCACCGCCAUUACCAACCGACCCAAGCACAGGCACCGGCACAGGCGUCAAACCGCUCUCAUCCAUCCUAGACCUGCCCAAAGCCCUCAAACUCUCAGUCGAGGAGCUGACGGCGCUCUGGCGGGUGCGCCACGCCGCGCGGGCCAACUCGCUGUGCGCCGUGAUCCCCUCGGCGACGUACUCGGCCAUGGAGCGGGCGGCGCGCGAGGGGAGCGCGCAGUUUGUGCUCCCCGUCCCGCACCAAGGGCAGGGCGCCGAGAUGCAUUUCCUGCAGUGGACCUGGGACCCGGCCACGCGCAGCAGCACCGUGCUCUUCACGCAGCUGGCCGAGUACAAGGCCCGCGGCGAGUUUGCGGCGCCCCACACCACCGUCACGCACUACACGGAUUUGGUCGAGUCAAAGGGGGUUGUGCUCAUGCAGGGCACUGUGGCCGAGGACCGUGGGGUUAAGGUGGACGACGCGCGGUGGCUCGUCAUGUGCCUGCAGCGCUUCUACGGCGGGUGGGACGGGGCUGGCGCCGGGGAUCUGGAUCAAAUGGCAAGGGAGAGGGCUGAGGAGAGGAGGCGGUUGCUGGAGUGGUUCGGGAGGGGGGAUGGCAGGUUCAGUGUGGAAAAGUUGAUGGAGGAGGCUGAGAGGAUGGGGUAA